GAGCGCCACAUUGCUCGGAGUUGGCCCGGUUGGCCGUGGUUGGCCGCCGCGUGCUUGGUACGUAUCUAUACACGCAUGACGUUUCCGCGACGGUGAAACCGUGAAACGUCGCGGCCCGGUUUCUCGUGGUAGGGCCGCUCGUCCGUCCGCCGUCUAUUUAUCGUGCCGCGUUCGCCGCUCAGUGAACGUACACUUCUGUCGGCCAAGAUGGUGACGAUGAAGGGACGCAAGAGCUCGAGCAAGAACCCACCGAUCCUCAGCCACGAGUUCGUCAUACAGAAUCAUGCGGACAUCGUCUCCUGCGUGGCCAUGGUCUUCGUGAUCGGCCUCAUGGUGCAGGUUACGUCGCCAUGGGCCUACAUGUUUAUUGCUAUUCAUCAUAAUGUGACCAAUACUACCGAGGAUCCUACAGCAGUGGUGAAGUAUACUACAGGAUGGAAAGAUGCAUGUGCAGUGUUCUUUUACUUCUUAAUAACCAUCAUAAUGCAUGCUGUGCUUCAGGAAUAUAUAUUUGAUAAAAUUUCCAAACGGCUUCAUCUCAGCAAAGUAAAGCUUUCUAAAUUUAACGAGUCCAGCCAAUUGAUAAUAUUUUAUGCAUUGUCUGCAUUAUGGGCCAUUGAUAUUAUAAUCAGAGAGAAUAUACUUUUGAACAUAUGGACGUUGUGGGAAGAAUAUCCAGCGCCGAUGUCCGCUUCCCUAAAACUAUUUUUCAUUGCCCAGCUUUCUUAUUGGUUGCAUUGCUAUCCCGAACUCUAUUUUCAACGAAUUAAAAAAGAAGACAUUUUGCAACGUGUUAUCCAUGCAACUGUUGGAUUAAUCUUUACAUUCGCAGCUUAUUUCUUCAACUUCCAACAUCUUGCCCUAAUCUUAUUAACUCUCCAUUAUGUGGGAGAUGCUUUGCUACAUGCAGCCAGAUUGGUUCACUUUAUUAGUCAAAAAGAAAAGAGAACUAAAUUAUCAUUCCUGGUUGCCAAUUCGACUUACGUGUUCGCACAUAUUGCGACUAUCGCGCUCACGUGUGUAGUAUUCCUGUAUGGUUUGAGGAAACAGGAGUUUAAACUUGACUAUGCUAUUGGUAACUUUAAUACUCCUAUUGUACAAUUCUCGGCAACGGUUAUUGUCUCGCUCUUCCAAGGCUACCUUCUAUAUUUCUUCAUUACGAAGCAAAUCAAGCGUGCACGCGAGAACGCCGCGCCUGUUGUUGUGAAGACGAAGCCGAAGCAGAAGCCGAAGAAACGAGAAGGCAAGAAAUCAGCCUUGUCCGAAGACGACGAUCUCCCUGAAGUUGAUCAGGCGACGAAGAAGAAUCUGAGAAAUCGUCCUUCAGCCAAAGCAAAAUAGACGCUCAAUAAAUUAGAGAAAUCAUCCCUACAAGGCUGAUUGGAUGUUCGAUUUUAUUCACCUGUAUGUCACGAACAUGUCAAAAUGUUCGACCAAGGCUGCGGUCCACUUGCUUCUUUCAAAUGCUUUAAACGCUACGCUUGGAUUACCAAUACAUUACUGUUCCGAAUGCUACAAUCGUUAUGUAAUUUCCCGCCAAAUAUAUCGAAAUGCUCCAAUUAACUGAAUCCAUCUUCCGAGGGCGUGUUUAAACUCAUCUGAGUACUCCCCAAGUAUCAUGUAAUCCUUGCUUAAUAUUCAGUGAACAAUAAAGAUAAAAUGAUACCUGAGUGGCACUCUGUUGGGAAUUUGAAUAUAGCUCGAGAUGAAACAAUUGGAGUGAAAGUGGGAGCGAAAAUGAUGUAAUAAGAAUUACUGGAAACAUCAAGUGAUCCAAGAUGGUCUAGCUGUAUUGAUGUUUGCAUACGCAUUGCUUUGUGUGCUUGCAAAGUAUAUGCUUUGUAAGGUUUGAAGCGCCAAAUAGACCGCAGUCUAAGAUGUACAAAAAUAUAUUCUUCUUAAUGUAAAAAUACGAAGCUUCCGUAACGUUACCGAUUAAGAAUCGCGACAGCAGAAUAAUGUAUCCGGUACUUGAUUUUGUAUCUGACAGAGAUGAAAAUCAGAUUUAAAAUAUUUUAUGAAAGAGAUAGACACAUAAUUUUGGGCAGAGGUAGGCACACUACACCAUCGGAUGUGUUUUUAACUACAAAUCAGGGGUUUUUUUUAUCAUUUUAUCUCAUUCAUAUGAAUUGUAUAGCUAAAUUGCAUUCAUAGCAUAAUUGCAUUCAUAUAGAAUCACAAAAUAUUAAUUGCGCACUUUGGUACGUUGUCCUUUUAUGCGCGUUCCAUACAUUUUCUAGAGAAAUUUAUACACUUUAUCGCUGUUUACUGUUAUUUAAAAUUCUUUAUGAAUUUUUUUCGUGCACUGAUUUCUUUCGAUGAAUUUUUAAAGUCGAUUAGAAUAGGACCAUUCAAAUUUUCAAAUCUUCAAUCUUUCCUUCUCGACUGUCUGAUUCAGAUAGAGAAGAGAUUGAAAAGAAAGUCGAGUUCCAGAUCCAGACGAUAAGCUUGGAUCGGUCUUGCUUAUUGUCUUCAAUUGUCCUUGGAAUAAAAUGUUCGAAUAGAUCAGAGACAAACGCAUUGAGCUAGCAUUAAGUUACAAGACAAAAAGUAUAUAGAUAUAAUGUGCACGAAAUAAUACUUUGGACCAUAAAUAUGUUAUAAGAAUCAUGCCACGUAAAAAUA